AUGUCGGCUUCCAACUCUCGCUCCCAGGAUGUAGUGGCGAAGAUCAUGGACGAGGACUUGCGGGACUUGGCAGCCAGGGAGCAGAAGAAGAAGGAGGCCAACCGAAUCCUGGCAGAGUACCACCAGGCCCUCUUGGACCGCCGACGCGAGGACGAGAAGCAGCAGGUGGAGGAAGACCAGCGAAUCGAAGCCUAUGCAAGGGAGAAGCGAUCACGUGAGGAGCAAGUGGCGAAAGAGAAGCGGGAGCUGGAGGCGGAGCGCAAUCGAGUUCUCCAGGAGCUCAGCAGCAAGCAGGUGCGAGUGAACCGCGAGGCGCAAGAGCGAGAGAAGCUCCGCGAGGAGCUCUGGUACGAAGAGCGUGAAGAGCUCGAGCGGAGGAAAGAGUGGAUGAAGGCCCAGAAGAGGCUGGAAGACCAGCAGGAGAUGCUGAGAGCCUAUCAGGCACACCUCGAGAGGCAAGAACGCCUGCGCAAGGAAGAAGCUGCCAAGGAGCAGGAAGCGAGACAGGCCCUCAUGGAGCAGUUCGCUGAGGACGAGCGGGUGGACCAAAUGUCGGCUCAGAGACGACGUCUGAAGAUGCAGGAGUACCGGCGGGAGGUGGACAAUCAGAUGGAGGCUCGGAAGCAGCAGUGCGAGGCGGAGAGGCGCAAGGAGUUAGAGAAGCUGGCCCGGCUGCGUGCCGUAGAGGCCGAGCAUGCCCAGAUAGUCGAGGAGGAGCGGCGGCGCUUGCUCAAGCUGCAUGCUGGCGACGCGAGGCACUUCCCGAAGGGCGCCUUGGCUCGAGAGUCGGAUCUCGAACUCGUCGGGCUGCCGCGCUCCGCAGCACCCGAACGGCCUGCUGUGCAAAGGCAGCGCGACAACUACUUGGGCCUUGCUCCCUACCCGGCCCGGAGCCGAGCCGUCUCCGCAGGUGCACGAGCACCGCCUUUGGCGGACCCAGAGCCAGAGCCGGAGGGGCCUUUGGCAGCCCCUUUUAGGCGGCCACGGGCCUCGACACCUGUGCCGCGCUUCGCACCUGCUCCUCGCGACCGCGGGGGUGGUGUGGCGGAGGUUUUGGGGCAGGGCCUGGCGGAGGGCGGCUUCCAGCCACCGGCCCGGGUGCCGGCGCGGUCGCGCGCAAGCAGUGUCGCGAUGUCCAGAAGAGAUGCGGGUAGCUGA